CCACAGCUACGACAUGGUACACUAUGGCCACUCGAACCAGCUGCGCCAGGCCCGGGCCAUGGGGGACUACCUCAUCGUGGGCGUGCACACCGACGAGGAGAUCUCCAAGCACAAGGGGCCCCCAGUGUUCACGCAGGAGGAGAGGUACAAGAUGGUGCAGGCCAUCAAGUGGGUGGACGAGGUGGUGCCGGCGGCCCCCUACGUCACCACGCUGGAGACGCUGGACAAGUACAGCUGCGACUUCUGUGUCACAGAUGACAUCACCCUGACUGUCGACGGCCGGGACACCUACGAGGAAGUGAAGCAGGCGGGGAGGUACAGAGAGUGCAAGCGCACCCAGGGCGUGUCCACCACGGACCUCGUGGGCCGCAUGCUGCUGAUGACCAAGGCCCAUCACAGCAGCCAGGAGAUGUCCUCGGAGUACCGGGCGUACGCAGACAGCUUCGGCAAGCCCCCUCACCUGACACCUGCCAGGGAGAUGCUUUUCUCAGAAGGUUCCUCCCAGUGCCCGGGGGGGCGGAACCCCUGGACCGGGGUGUCCCAGUUUCUGCAGACGUCCCGGAAGAUCAUCCAGUUUGCCUCAGGGAAGGAGCCGCAGCCGGGGGACACGAUCAUCUAUGUGGCGGGCGCCUUCGACCUAUUCCACAUUGGGCACGUGGACUUCCUGGCGAAGGUGCAUGGCCUGGUGGAGAGGCCCUACGUCAUCGCUGGCCUGCACUUUGACCAGGAGGUCAACCACUACAAGGGCAAGAACUACCCCAUCAUGAACCUGCAUGAGCGGACCCUGAGUGUGCUGGCAUGUCGGGUGAGCGCCGGCCGGCAGGGCGGGCCUGAGAGCAGGGGGGCUCCCUGACCCCGGCUCCCUCUGCAGGUGGACCUGGUGUGUCACGGGAAGACGGAAAUCAUGCCUGACAAGGACGGCUCCGACCCGUACCAGGAGCCCAAGAAACGGGGCAUCUUCCGCCAGAUCGACAGCGGGAGCGACCUCACCACGGACCUCAUCGUCCAGCGCAUCAUCAAGAACAGGCUGGAGUAUGAGGCUCGGAACCAGAAGAAGGAGGCCAAGGAGCUGGCCUUCUUGGAGGCCAUGAAGCAGCAGGAGGAGCCGCCCGAGAGAGGGAGCCACAGCGCCUGAGGGAGGACGUCCCCGGAGCCCGGCUUCCUGCGCCUCCCCGCGGCUCACGUGGUUCUAAGAGCUGCAGCCCCAGACCAGGCGGUCCUGGAAGGGCUGGAGAGGGCGUUCCUGCCUCCCCCUCCCUGCACGGCGCCCCUUUACAGCAGGCCCUGCACCCUCCCAUUAGGCUGCACAGAGGGGGCCAGCUCUGUGGAGGGUACCUCCCCGCAGGGGCCACCGCCCUGCGUGCCUGGGGAGGCCCGGCUUCCCUCCGCCUGCUGCACUGCUGGGCCCCCAUCCCACCCCCAGGAGGCGCCCGGCUCGGUGAGAGUCCACUUGAGGGACAGUGACCCGAGGGGCCGCACCUGUCCUCGUGCAGCCAGGCUGCCUUCUGCACGGCGCCUCCACCCUGCACUGUCCUGGUGUCCUGAGCGGCUCCUGGACCCGCGCCUGCUCCCCCCGACUCCUCGACUUUGUGCAUAACAGGCUGAUGUGCAACCGAAUAAACCUGGUGGGCGGUG